CAUGCGAGACGCGCGCGGCCGCGGCCGCGCAGCCCUAACCAGACGCAGUUCUGCACCAGAGAUCACGCGCGCGUGAUUUUUUUGCUGCGCGCAAGUGCUUGUUCAUCGCUGCACGCGCGCGAGGCGCUGAAACCAUCUCUGCUCUCCUGGCUGUGUGAGAGCAUGGAGCAGCCGCGCGCGCCCACGGCGCCCAUGGAUCGCGUAACCGGUCCAAGACUCACGGGGAUCUCUCCCGACGCGCUGCGCGUCGUGGCGUCCUUCGUCUGGACGCCGGCCCUGCUCAUGGCGCUUCCACGCGACCUGCAGCGAUCCGUCCAGAGCGUCUUCGACAAGCGCGAGCUGCCCGGCGAAACGCGUCUCAUGGAACUCACCAUCCUAGACGAACCCAAGCGGCUCAUGGCGACGUACUAUUACGGUGGUUUAACGCCUGGCUCGCACUGGAUUAAAUGGCGCCGCAUGGACAGCAAUUGCGUAUACGUAGAGGCCGACGCUACUAUAGAGCCAUACAGUCACACUUUCCAUAACAGUGCCGGUUUCCGCCUCGUGCGUUACCUCGGAUACGAUUCUUACGCGCCCGGCAAGCCUGGCGGGAUUUACUACAACCACAACAACGGGGAAGAGGUCCCGCGAGACUGGUCUGUUUUCGCCCCGGACCUGGAGAUCGUGCGGGGGUAUAUUGGCUUUGGCGCGCGGUUCGACGUCGAGUACGUAAGCGGCGGCUUUUACAACGAGGGCAUCACGGCGCUUCACUUCGCCGCCGUCGAGGGCCACCUGGAGCUCACGAAGCUGUUGGUGUCGGCCGGCGCGGACGUGAACAUCAAGGCCAAUCCGCAUUGGUGCGUGGCUGGCGUGCACCCGCUGUCGUUUGCCAUGUCCCGCGCUUCGACCGCGAUCAAGGACUUUCGGGCCGACACGUUACGCGUCGCGCUCUACCUCUCUUCGCAGGGCGCCGACGUGCGCUCCGCUGAUGCAAGCCUAGAGUCACGAGAGCAUCUAAUAAAUGAGUACGGCGAUGGCGCUGCCGGCGCAAAUUUGAAGGAGAUCAUCGUCGGGACGCGAGAGCGCCUGCAGACCGUCGCGGAAAACUGCGACAUGGAAUUCACGGAUUCGGACGACGACGACUAUUACUUCGACAACGACGCCUGGGAAAUGAAGAAGCUCCUCGAGAAAUACGAGGAAGUCCGCUUCGACCCGGACCGGCGCCAGAGGGUGCUCGACGAC